AUGAAUGAUUUAGCGUGCUAAAUGCCUGAGGUCAGAGAAAUGAUAUGUAAAACUCAUAAACGGGAGUUAGUUGCAAUAGAUUUAGUCUCAUCAGAAAGUAGGAAAUUUGAAUUUUUGUGUUUGGAUUGUUUAGUUGAGAAAAUCAAUAAUAAUAAUAUUUCAACAUUUGAAUCAACAAAAAUUAGAAUUUAAUAAUAUAAGAAUAAAAGAUUAGAAAAAAGGACUAAAGACAUUGAAAUAAGAUAGAAGAAUUUUGAAAUUCUACUUCAUUCAAUUAAUGAGCUGAAAAAUAAAAUUGAAGAAGCUUUGGUUAAUAUCUAUAGUGAAAUAAAAAAAUAAAUGUCAGAAGGAAAAUAAUCUUUAGAAGAAUUUUAAACCUAGCUUAAUUUCUUAGAGGAUGUUAAAUAAUUAUCUGAAUUUCUUUCUAUUUAAGAAAAUGAAAAGGAAUUCCAAUAAGAUGGCUAAUUUAUUGAUGGCAUUUUUUAAAAGUUUGAGUAAAUUUUUAAGAUUGAACACAACAAAACUAUUUAGACUUUUAAGGAUGUUUUAUGGAAUAUAAAUAAUUUCAAUCGAGAUAUUAAAAUUGAAAUAAUGCAAACAUAAAAUAAUUAAGUAAUUUUUUCUAUUUUUAUUCAAGAAAACAUCAAGUUUAAGUAGCUUAUGUCUUAAACAUAAUAAAGAAAUAAUUAUGAUUGACAUAGAUUCUAAGAGUAAACAAAUAGAAGAUAGAUUUGCUUGUGCCAAAUGCCUUAGUGAUCAUUUCAAUAACAUUAAUGAUCAUCCAUAAUGCUAAUAUAAAACCAUUGAAGAAGUAAAUUAGAUAUGGAAUGAUAAAAUGAAAGAAUAAGAUCAAAUUGUUGAUGAUUUAAUGUCAAAGAGGAAUGUAAAAAAAGUUAAGCUGUAGGAAAAAAUUGCUAAAAUGAAUUAAGGAUACAUGGAAUAAUUAAAUGAUAUUAGCGAAACCGUAAGAAAAAAUCUAACAAGUUAAACAAGAGAGAUUAAUAAAUUUAAAUAUGAUUCUAUACAAUAAUUAAGUAAGGAAGAUUUGCUUUCAAAUAUUUAAAUCCUAAUUCAUUAAAAUUAAAAACAAUAAAAUGAAUACAUUGAAUAAAUGAUGAUAAAAGAGUUAUAAAAUUCAAAAAUUAUCGCAAGCAAAUUUGAGCAAUUAAAAUGGCUUGAUUAAUUAGACAUUUAAUAGUCAAUAAAUAUUUUACAGGAUAAACCAUGUAAUUAAUAUUUAAAUAUUAGAUAACAACCAAAUCCAAGGAAUUCUCAAACCCUUACAACAAAUUAAUGAGAGUAAAUCAGCAAAUUAAGAAUAAUUGAUAACAGAACAAGAAUUUUAGGAAUUUAUUAUUUCUUCAUAAUAAAUUUAUUGUUAAUUGGAUUUAUUUAACCAAACAAUUAAAUAAUUUUAAGAUCAUCUAUUGAAGAUUGAUUCGAUUAAUGAUAAAUUGAAAAAAAAUCAAGAUCAUUAAAAUUUUACAAACAUCUACAAAUAAUUUUGUGAUUAUAUGGAUAAAUUCGAAAAGGAUUGUUUUAAAUUUCAGAAAUUUUUGCAAAUGGAUUAACUAGAGAAUGAACUGGAGACUUUGAGAGAGAAAUUAAGAUUGAAUAUAGAAUUAAAGGAGAAAGAAUAAAAAGAAAUGAAAGAAUUACAUGAAUAAGCAAUUUAAGAUUUUAAAAAAUAAUAUCAAUAGAUGAUGAAGAAAUUUGAAGAUGAAUGUAAUAGAUUUUGAUAUAUUCAUAGAAAAGGAAAUAAAAUAGAAGUUUAAUUAAAAUUUAACUCAAAAAUAAUUAUAAUUAUAACAAGCAAGAACCAAACUUGAUUAAAUUGAAUAAAUUCAGUUAGAAUCAGAAAAAUAAAAAAAAAUAGAAUUAGAAGAAGUAUAUUUAAAAUCAAUUUAUUAUAUUUUUUUAGAUUCGAUUGUUUAAUAAAUCAUUAUAAUUUUCAAAUACUUAUAAACACAGUAGCUGUUAAGUAAGUGAAUGUGGAAAACUUGUGGCGGAAGUUAAUAAUAGUGGUUGGUAUUAUUGUCUUUGUGAAUAAUCGAUUCCAAAAACUGGGAAAAUUUUGUUUGCAUUUUAAAUACUUGAUGGAUCAUAUUUUCAUGUUGGAAUAGGAUUUAGAGAAAUUAUGUAGAAAAAUAAUUAUAUUAAUUGUUAUCAUCCUGGAUGCGGGUAUAUAAUUAUAUGAUAAUAGAACAUAUGUAAUAAAUAAUUAUGGUAUUCUUUUUUCUCAUUCGAACAAAGAUGUAGAUAAUAAGCAAUUAUGCUUCUUAUUUACAAAUAAUGAUAUAAUAAUAAUUGAAGUAUGUAUUGAACAUAAAUAUAUUAAAUGGAGGAAAUCGAAUAAUCCAUAUUUAACAUUUGUUGUAUACAUAGUAUCUAUGAUUAGGUGGAUGAUAUAGAUACAUCAUAAGAAUUAUAUCCAUGUGUAAGUGUUUAUGGCAAAUCUAGAAUACGAUUAUUGGAUAGUAUACCAAUUUGA